AUGUCUCAGAGCACAUCCCCUCUAGAAAAAGACGAACAAAAUGAGGAUCCUUCCAAUACUACAAUCCAAUCUAACAAAAUUAUAGAUACUCUAAGCUUGGAACAUAACACCGAAACCUCCACGACGAUUCUACUUGAGAAGAAUAAUGAGAACAAUAAUGAGAACAAUAAUGAGAUCAAUGAAUCUAUAUCCAACAGUAAAAAACAAGAGAGCCAACAAAUUCAACUCCAUCUCGAAAAGAGAAAGGAACAUAUUGGAAAUGAAGAAAAUGGAGAAAAUGGAAAGUUAAACUCGAGGAAAGAAGCAAAUUUAGAAGAAACAACAAAAAGAGAAGAGAAGGAGAAAAUGGAAUCGAAAAAGGAGAAAGAAAAGAAAGAAAAAAGUGGAAAACCUCCGAAGAAAAAGGUUUCAUCCGAUCUCGAUUUUAUUCUAAAACCCCAGAACCUCUUGCCAAAUCUGCGAAGUUUUUUCACAGAUUCAAAAAUUGAAGAUUCGGAAGAAAAAAUAAAAAAUACAUUGAGCAAUGAAGAAAAUGUUCAUCAAGGACAAAAAAAGCGGUGCAAAUGUGCGAAAAAAAAUGAAAAGAAGGAGAGCAGACUUCGAAAUGAUGAUAUUUCUCAAAUCAGUUCAGAACUUAAUCCAGAUUUAGAUUCAGAAAUCACUUUUUUGCCCAAAAAAAUCUCAUUUUUGGAUGAAGUCACUGAUUUGAAAUCUACUACUGCCCCAAAAACUCUUCUGACUCGAAGGGAUAAUAGAGGAGGUGGUCCUAAAUAUCCCGUUUUGAGACGCAGUCAGACAUCGAUGGCUUGGAGACGAACUAAGACAUCACCAAGUCGAAGCCAAGCCGAAGUAUUUUUACUCGGGUAG